CGCACAUUGUAGUUGAUCCACAGCAUACGUAAGAGCGAAACCUCAUACUGAAGAGUUUCGGAGCGCUUUAUUUCGCCAGAGCCGUGUAGUGUAGCUACAGUCAACACUUACGGCGCGUGUGAGUGGACGAGCUCAGGUGGGAGCGCGCAUUUGAUUUGAGGAUUCACUUUGCUAUUGCGCUAGGAAUAGUGGACAACUUGAAGUCCUGUUUGAAUUUGCCGUGCAAUGCUUUACACCGGUGUGUGAGACAUUUUGUUCAAGACAGGAUGGAAGACAAGGCGACUGACAGCGGCGAUCAGGUCUGCGUGGACUGAAAACAAGAGCGCGCUAUGGAGAUGACUUCUCGCUUCACGCAUCUCGACACGAAGGUGGAUGGCAGACGCUGUGACGGACUCGUCAACCACAACGGGGAGACGACGGAUGUCAGAGUGCCACUGUCGCAGUCGGGGAAGAGACUCGGUCCGAUCGAGGGGGGGAAUCUUUACAGACUGCGGGACAGAAAGUUUCUUCUGGAGGACAAGAAGCGCCUGUGCGCGUGGUCUCUGGGAACCGCGGUGUUAGGAAUAAUGCUGAUGAUAUUACACGCCGAACUGUGUCCUGUAGUGUACCAGCCGGGAUCCAUAUAUGCACUCUCCAUUAACGGCCUCAUCAGUGUCUCCACUGCUUGUCUGCUCAUUCUCAUCAUUGCUUUUCAUUAUAAAGACAUCAGACUUUUCAUCAUUGACCACAACCAGGUGGACUGGCGAAUCGCCAUGACCAGUAACCGGGUGCUUGGCAUCUCUCUGGAACUCAUUGUGUGUUCUAUCCAUCCUGUGGCUACCUACCUGAGGCCAGAUAUGGGGAACCGGCUGGAGGGGAAAUCGGAGGGCAAUUCCUCUUCUCCUCUCUGCUUGUCCUCCAGUCACAAAGAUGUCAUGCUAGACGUGGAGCUGCUGCUGUCCGCCCUUAUGUUCCUGAGGCUCUAUCUGGUGCACAGGGCCGUCUUGUUGCACAGCAAGGUUCUCCUCAGCGCUUCUUACAGAAGCAUCGGCUCCCUCAACUACAUCAACUUCACCUUUCGCUUUGUGCUUAAAGUGUUGAUGAACCAGUAUCCCGCCCGCACACUGAUGGUGUUUAUCAUGUUCUUCUGGCUCUCAGCAUCCUGGAUGCUGCGACUGUGCGAGAGGCAGGAACAAGUAGAGACAGGUGGUAUGGAUACAGCGCUUUGGCUCAUAGCCAUCACAUUCCUCACAGUGGGCUAUGGAGAUGUGUCCCCUCAUACCAGCUGUGGCAAGUUGGUUUGUCUCUUCACAGGCGUCAUGGGUGUGGCAUGCACUGCUAUGCUGGUAGCAGUCAUGACUAAGAAGUUGGCGCUCAACAAAGGGGAGAAACAUGUGCAUUUCUUCAUGAUGGACAUUCAGAUUUCUAAACGGAUCCGGCAUGCGGCUGCCAAUGUGUUAAGAGAGUGCUGGCUGCUACAUCAAACCACCAAAAGAAGCGACAACCGUGGAGAACAUCGACAUCAUCAACGAUGCCUGCUGGAAGCCAUUCGUGUAUUUCGUCACCUGCGGCUAAAGCAGAGAAAGCUGAGAGAUUAUGCCAGCGAGAUGGUGGAUCUCUCGAAGAUGCAGAUGAUCAUGUGUGAUCUAAGCGCAAACUGGAACAGUUCUUAUUAUGAUCUUGAACAGAGGAUCAUGUCAAUGGAGCAGAAGCUUGAUGAGCUCAGUCGCUCCUUUCAGAGCACUUCAGAGCUGCUCACACAGGCACUACAUCACAACAGACUGGAUCACAGGUGACAACUCUUUGAAACUUAUAAUGAAGGCCACUAUACUCUGCACCCUCUGAGCGAUCUCCUAUUAAGCAACUUGGUGUGUUGAGCUUAUGAAGGAAUUGAAUGAAGAAGCAUUUCUCAUAUGAGAUUAAGAGCAGGCACAGAGACUCCAUGUCAUAAACAUUGAAGUGUUUGUAUUUAGUGUUUUUUAAUGUUUGUAUUGAACAUGAACUCAAAGAAGGCCAUCGGCUUUGGUUUAGUUAAAUGUUGUAAUUUUUAUAGUUUCAAUAUAACAAUGAUACCAGAACUAUGAUCAUUUGUGGAAUUUUGGGUUUUACAUUAAGAACAAAUUUUGUUUAUUUGCAAGACAAGAAGGCCCUUGGAAAAGGCUGGCACAGAGCCUUCAAGUCGCAAAAAAAAGGAUGUGAAACUUUUUUAUUCUUUGUUUUACUGCAUAUGGACUAGGAGUCCGUAAUAGGUUUAUAGAAGGUUUUCAUCUCUAAAGCACACUCAAAUGCUCUUUACAGAUAUUAGAUGGAUAAAUCUUACAGAGUAGCUUGAUCGCAUAAGCAUACCAUCUUUUAUUAUUGUCUUUUUCUGAAUCUGUUGCACAUGGACAAGAAAACAGUUUAAAUAUGCAUAUAGCUUGUGUUACUUUAAUGUCAAGGUAAGUCAAAAAAAUUGUAGUAGUGUCAUGGAUGGGCCAGGCUUUCUCACAUUGACCCUAACUGAACCACCUGCACCCAAAAAAUUAUGGGAAUAUCCAUCAGCUCUGUAAUGUAAAUGGGGAUCUGUAAAAUGAUGGUACAUGCAGGCCAUAAACAUGGAGGAAAAGUUUCAUGAACUCUGUAUUUAUUAAGUUCACUGAGGCUGUCUGAGGAUGCUUGCAUUUUGUAGUUUGUAUCUCCCCCAGGUGGACAAUAACAUGCAUUGCACAAGUUUGAGAAUUGUAUUAAGUUUAGGAUAUACAGUUACUAAAUUCCUAGCAAUGUAUGCAAAAUAAUAAACAUAAUGAUGGAGUAAUUCUGAA